GGGACAGUCAUUCAUUCAGGGAAUCUUCAUUCACCAACUGCAGAGAGACACUAUUUAAAUUUGGAAAAAAAAGACAUUUCUUUCCUUCAUUAGGAAAACACAACUUUCAGGAAUUACAUCUUUAUAGAAGCUCAUUUCUGAGAAUUUGUGUUAACUUUUUACUUUUCAUUUCAUCGAAAUUGUGUUUCUUUUUUUUUUUGUCCCCCCCCACAAGAAAACCGCUUUUCCUUUUUGGGACCAGCACUUAUCAAGAAAGAUGGCAAACUCGGGACUGCAGUUGCUUGGGUUUGUCCUGGCCUUCGUUGGCUUUGUCGGUCUGAUUGCAUCCACGUCGAUGCCGGAAUGGAAGGCAUCAUCGUAUGCGGGGGACAAUAUCGUGACAGCUUUGGCGAUAUACGAGGGGCUGUGGAUGUCGUGCGCGUCACAGAGUACUGGACAGGUACAAUGCAAAUGGUUUGACUCGCUACUGCAACUGAGCGCCAGUGUCCAGACCACAAGGGCUCUGAUGAUCUUGGGCAUCUUCCUGGGGUUCUUUGCCAUUCUCAUUGCGUCGCUGGGUAUGAAGUGCACCACCUGCUUCGCCGACGACAAGCAGAAAAAAUCACGCAUUGCCACGACCGGGGGAGCCGUCUUCAUCACGGCAGGUCUCUCGGCUCUGGUGGCUACAUCCUGGUAUGGUCACAGAAUUUCACAGGAUUUCUACAACCCAUUUACUCCGACCAACACAAAAUACGAGUUUGGCAUGGCUCUCUUUAUUGGCUGGGGGGCCGCAACACUCUGUAUCCUGGGGGGGGCCUUCCUCUGCAGCUCCUCGUGUUCCAAGGGGGGGCAGGCAGGCUCUCAGAAGUACCCUAAGACUAGAUCCAUGCCCUCAGGAGGCAAGGACUAUGUGUAGAGCCCCGAGGAAAUCAACCUGAGUGUGAGCAGGGCUCGAUUACAGUGAACUGGACAUUCAGCAUUCAGUAUCCCACCAUCCGAAGAGACAGCGUCCAGUUUAUAGACUCUUUGAGAUUCAGAAACCAGACCUUUACUACAUAUUCACACUUGUGCACGCUGGCGCAGCGUACAUUCUGAUAGGAUAAUCACUCUUCACACGAACAAAUCAUGCAAAAAGCACACCAUUGUAUCUGCUAUUAACUGUUCUUUGUAUGGAUGUAUGUUGAUUUUAGACAGGUAGGGGUCUGCAGUGUGUGCAAUUAAAACUCAUUUCAAAUAUAGUCUGUAUAUUUAAUAUGUGCUUUUUUUUUUUUUUUUUUGUACACAGAAUUUUUUGAUAACUGUUAGGUCAUUUUUAAUGUUUUCCGCUGGGUAAAAGCAACUGCCAAUGAGGAGGAAAGCUCAGGUAAAGUGGCUAGUGUGUAUGUUGAUACAAGUUGCCGUUUAUGUUAGUUAAGAAAUAUGUGGACUGUAACAGUUAACAGAGCAGCACUGAACCUCUCUACCAGACUAUAUUAUUGUGUACAAUACUUGGGAGUGUUUGUAUUUUUGCAAUAAUGUAUUAUACUGUAGUAUUUUGUCAUGAGAUGGUUUUCUUUCUUGUAUUUGAAAUGUUGCAACGUGCAGUUGAAAUGCCAGCCUGCAUGAUCAUGGCUUGGAACCUGCCAUUAAAAACGCCUGCAGAGCACAGGUGUUGGAUUGGGAUACACCUCUGUGAGACAGAGACGCCAGAGUCAUUCCAACAGAUGUGCAUUUGUAAACAAGGUUGAGGUCCAGUCCUGUUUUUCCAUCUCAAUUCCCAAUUCCAAUCCUCGAACGACGCAGCGUGUCAGUGUCGGACUGAAAAUGACUUUUGUUAAUUUCAUUUUUUAAAUAAAUGGGAAACACUUUUGUAAAGAU